UGUGUGUGUGUGUGUGUGUAUGUGUGUGUGUGCGCGCGCGCGCUCGAGUGUGUGUGAGGGAGAGAGGGAGCGAGGGGGAGAGAGGGAGGAAAAUAAGAGCCAUCAGUCUCAUCUAUCUGACUCUCAUACUACUGGAUAUUAUUAUUUUUGGGGGGGAUCUCUUUAUUUCCUUCAUCUUCUAUUUGUUUUCGCUCAUAUUUAACCACAAGUUAUUUUUGUCUGUUUUGGAGACUCUUCGCUUCGACUCUGCUCUUUCUAAUCCUCCUCCUUCUCACCUCACUGCAUGGAACUAUACAGCCAUCCGAAUCUGCUUUGAUUUGAUUUUUCUCCCCUCAGGACUAACAACCCUCCGAUCGAUCGAUCCAGCAGCCGGACCGGAGCGUGAGUUUGUGACUGGUUUUAUCUCCACAAACUCCAAAGGUGGACUUGACUCGGCGCGAGCUCCAGGAUCCGGUCUGUCUUCCUGUGUGCGUUUAUCAGUGCUGAAGAAGUGACAGCAACUCAGCCAGCCUGAGAGGAUGAAAUAGACUCGGUGAACAUGGUGCCAUAUUGGAGAUAAAGUCCCCCCCACACACCCACCCCUCUUUUAUUUUGACACAUUGUUUUGUCUUCAUGGGACGGGAGGCAAAGCGGGACAUCAGGUGGAGAUCUUGAGUCACCUGCCCGCGCACCUUUUGACGGCGCGCCUGUCAAUUAGCGUCACUAAUUGGAUUAUUUUGAUUUUGAAGUCACAGUCUGCAGGUUGCUCUCCUCCACCUCCUCCUCCCCCUCACCUCCCCCACCACCACCUCCUUCCUUGAAGUUAUGUCAAGGCCUCUGGCUCAACUCUUACCGCCGGAUCUCCCCGCCGGGGCCACCAGCCCCCAGUUUGGGGCCAGUAACCCGGCUGGAAGUGGGCCCCAGGGUGGACAUCUGACCUCCAUGACCAACCUGAAGUCCCUGCUCCAGCUGCCGAUCAAGGCCGACCAGAGAGGCACCAAGGACUGCUGCGAGAUGAAAGACAAAGACAAGCCUGUGGACUCUGACGAGGACUCCCUGGGUGUCAACGUCGCAGGGCCCGGUGGGGUUGGAGGGGGCCCUGGCUCCGGCACAUUGCGGCCCAACUCCCAGUCAGCGUUCCUGGGCCCACUACUGUGGGAGAGGACCCUGCCGUGUGACGGAGGCUUGUUCCAGCUGCAGUACAUGGACCUGGAGGAGUUCCUGACUGAGAACGGGAUGGGGAUUCACAGCAACGGGCCCAGCUCCACCAGCGCCCAGAUCCCCUCCCAGAGCUCCCAGUCGGCGGUGCCCAACCAGAGCUCCCAGUGUCCUCCCAGCUCUCCACCGCCCUGCUCCUCCUCUUCCUCCUCCAUGUCCUCCUCAUCCUCCUCUUCCUCGCUGCUGGGACUGGAAACUGUCCAGCCACAACAACCUCCGCCGCCACUGCCACCUCAGCAGCAGCAGCAGCAGCAGCAGCAGCAAGGCAUGAUGGGAGGACCUGAGUGUCUACAUGGUGGUCAGGCGGUGCCUCAGGACCAGUCACCCACCUCUACUUGCCCUCCGGGACCCUCUGGACCUCCGGCGGCCGCCAACGGCAACAGCGACAUCAUGGUGAACUUUGACCCUGACCCAGCGGACCUGGCGCUGUCUAGCGUGCCAGGCCAGGAGGCGUUUGACCCACGGCGGCACCGCUUCUCCGACGAGGAGCUGAAACCUCAGCCGAUGAUCAAGAAGGCCCGCAAGAUGCUGGUCCCCAAUGAGCAGAAGGACGAGAAGUACUGGAGCCGACGUGUCAAGAACAACGAAGCGGCAAAGCGCUCGCGGGACGCCCGUCGGCUGAAGGAGAACCAGAUCUCUGUGCGGGCUGCAUUCCUGGAGCGGGAGAAUGCUGCCCUUCGCCAGGAGGUGGCUGACAUGAGGAAAGAGCUGGGCCGCUGCAGGAACAUCAUCAACAAGUACGAGAGUCGACACGGAGACUUGUGAGGCGGCGGAAGGAAGAAGACGAAGGCGAAAGGGGCGGGAGGGGAGGAGGAAAUGAGAAAAGGGUACAAGGCAAACCCAACAACAGCAGCACUUUAGUUGAAGUGGCGAGGGGGGAGGCCGACGUAGAUCUGCAGUAAGCGCUGUGCGACACCGGGCGCAAACACGAAAAAGUGUGCGCACGCUGUGCUUCAGGAUGUCACGGCAGGAAAGCACAGUGACGCCAUCUUUUACCAGUUUGACUCUCUUUGUACAUGCUGCUUUGCUGAAUCCACUCAAUGUACUGUAUCACCGUGUGUCACCUCGGCAGCUUUACAUCACCCUCGGUGCUGUGCUUACGCCCGAUGUCGCAUGGCAUUUUUGCAGGUAGUGCGUCCCGGCCGCUGCUCCGGCCAGUUCAAACAGGGUGUUGAAUUCACAUUAUGCCAGUGAAAUCUCACUUUUUAAGCUCAAGGCACGGAUACAAGCCAGGAGAGGUCAGAUGUGUAAGAUUUUUCUAUAAAUAGGAUAAAAAAACAUGUAUAUUUUUGAAGUGGGCAGGAAGGCAAGACUAGUCCAGCAAAGAGGAAGAAGUGGAGGAGGAGGUGCAGGGUUUUCGUCCAUAACGCAAAGAGAUUUUGACAUAGGAUUAUUGUAUAUUUUUCUAUUAGCAGAGAUAGCCAGGAGGAGGAUUUUGGAGAUAAUCUUUUGUAUAUUUUAUAUAUGGGGUGGGAAGGGGCUGUUAGCUGGACAGUCAUGGGGCCACACAAAACGCUUUUCCUCCCAGCUGUUUAUCGCUAAACAACAGAUAAUCUAUUUUCAAUUUCACUGAGCUGGUUAGUUGGAGGCAGAGGCAUAACAGAGAAUGUAUCACGGUUGAAUCAGGUAUUUCACAUGGUGCAAGACGAGGUGGGGUAUCUUAGUAAUGAUUGUUUUCGGUGCGGGGAAGGAGGCAGUAGGAGGAAGAUGGUGAAACAAAAAUUGUAUAGUUUUAAGAAAUUUUUGUGUUCGUUUGUUUUCUUUGUGGGCUUGUUCAAGCACUUGAUUUGUUAUCUUCUAUUUGAUUCCGUGUCUGACUUAGAAAUAAUCGCAGGGCUUUUAUUUUUGAAGGUGAAGGAGAAAAACAGAGGAAAACAGGAAGUAAUUAUAGCCAUCAGAACAGCUGGAUGUGAGCAGAUGUUAGAAAAUAAAUAAGGUGGAGAAUUUCGCUGGCAGGUUUGCAUUUAGAUUUGGGAACGUGUCUCGCUCACACACACAAACAUGCGCAUAUACUCACAUUGAUAGUUUGUUAACAGUAACAGAACAUGGUUGCAGUCUUUCUGUUUAUUCCUCGAUUUGUCCAGGAAGUGCAAAAAUGAAAUACUAACUGGUUUAGGGUUGAUUUGCCCAGAUUGAACAGUGACUGAAACCUUCAGCAUGCAGACACAUGACACACACAUGGACACACACACAGACCUCACCCAGGUUUUAACCCUUAUUGUUGUUGUUGAUGUUGUUAUGGACUUCUAUGGUGCUGAUCUGAUCUGAUCCUUCACCUGACGCACACACACACACACACACUGACAAAAAUCAUAAUCACACACACACACACCUACACCAUCUCAAACACAGUACUGAACUGCCUAUACCCUUUCUUUGUCUUUUAUUCCUUCUUUUUAGUUUAAUUUUUCUUUCUUUUGUUGCAUAUUGUAUCGAUAAAUCGUAUAUAGAUUUACACAUGAACACUUGUCUAUACCUCUCCUUCAAACUUUACCCAAUGAGAAAUGAGAAAUGCACCCUACUGCUACUGUACCAUACAACUGUAUUAUUGAAUAUUAAACUAUUCUCUCACUAGAUAUAUAUAUGUAUAUGAUAUAUGCUUGAAUCAUGUGAUUAUAGUUGUAAUAUACAUAAUUGAAUAUAUUACAGAAAAUCCCAUUGGAAUCAUUUUGUCAGUUUAUUUCUCAGGUGUUUUUGUCUGAGGUAUUAAAUACACGUAUUAAAAAAAACACAAAAAAGUCUUUGGAUCACAAAA